UAUAACAUAUGUAUAUAUAAAAAGUCAUAAAUUUUAUCGAAAUUGAAAAUAAAUUUUCCAAAUUUUGGUUAACAAAAAUUUUUAAUAUUUUCUUUAAAUUCUAAAUUGCAAAAUUAAAUAUAAAUUUCGCUAAAUAAAUUAAAAUGUUUCGCUUGCUUUUGAUUGCGCUCUGUUUAGCAGUACCCACUUUCUGUUUCGCCACAACUGCGCUGCCACCGGAUUUUUGCAGUUACGGAAAUUUCGAACAACAUUCAGCGCCACCGCCUCAAACAUUGCCUAAAGCAGCCGAGGACUAUAGCAAUUCAAAUGAGGAGAAAUUUCAGCUGCGUUUAACCGGUGGCAAUGGCGGUUUUUCAGGUUUUGCCAUACAAGCACAAGAUCCCAGUGGUGUACCGGUGGGGCGGUUUCAGAUUAUCGACGAGCAUAAUUCGAAAACUAUGGCUUGCAAGCACUUGGAUGAUACGAUCUUACAUGCGGAAACUCAAGAGGAUAGCCCGCUCAAGAGUGUUGACUUCUCUUGGAUACCUGCUGGUUAUCAAGGCACUGUGCGUUUUGUUGCUACCAUGGCAAAGGAGGGAGGACAAUGGGUACGGCGUACACUUAAAGAAAUUAACGUAUAAAAGCAAUGAGGAUUUGUGCUGAGCGUCAACUAAAAGUUAAUAAUUUAUAAUAAAUUGCCAACAUAUUUGGAAUCUGAAAAUUGAUAGGAAUUAAACCCACUUAAUUCAGCAGUGACUUUAAUGAAAAUUCUUGACAUUGCAUUGCUCAAAUUAGCUGAAACAUUUAUUAAACUUCUUUCACAAAACAUAUAAAAUAGACGCAAUACAUAUAUUAUUCAAAGAAUUGUCAUAAAUCUUACAACAUAGAUGUAAUUCUAGCAUUGUGCUUAAUGUAUAACUAAAUUCGCAGUCUUUUAUUCUAUAUGCUUACUUUAACAGCUAAUAUAUGGAUAUUAUAUUAAAAAGUUAAAAACACUAGCCUUUGUAAUACAAAAUAAAUGCGUUACUGACAUAGCGUUUGCUUGUGUUGCGUUGUACUUAAUGCGCAACUUAGUUCGCAACAUGCGAUGUAAAACCUUGAAUGUAACCAUUACGAUAGAAAAUGUCAUCGUCAUUCUCUCUCUGCCAGUUACGUAAUGGACGGAUGUCGCGAUAUGGAUUCACCUUUACAUCAAAUAGACGUGUGAUAUGUGUCUCCAGGCGAUCCAUUGAGGCUAUACGUUUUAUGGCGCCAAAAUCUAAAUCUGCUUCUACGCGUGUUAAUGAGGUAAAUAUGAUUGGUAAAUCGUAGGUUUGUAUAAUUUGCGAGAUGCCACCCGACCAUGUAUCCUUGCUGGCACACGAAUCACCUGGUAUACCAAGACGUUCGCUUUGUUCUCUUUGUUCCUCAAUAGUGGCUGGCGCAUGUUCAGAGAAACCACAAUUGAAAACAACAAUUAGUUUAGGCUUAGUACGGUUAAUUCUGGUAAACUCUUGGAAAAGCAUGCGGUAACUCUCAUAAAAUACCGUACGAUCGGAACC